AUGCCGAACCAGAUUCGAGAUAUUCGCACCGUUGAUACGGAAUCCUUUCCUUACAUCUUCGAGCGAGAUAUUUCCAUCAAUCUCAGAGAUGGAAAUGUAGUUCGCUGCAAUGUUUACCGACCAAAGGACUCUGGUCCGCAGACUCGCUACCCUGUGUUGGCGACCUAUGGCCCUUAUGGCAAGGACGUCCCAUAUGAGGACUUCAAUCCAUCAAGCUAUGCUGAGGUCAACCCUAAGCACAAAACAGCGCACUCAUCUUGGGAAACGCCAACACCAGAAUAUUGGACCGCACAUGGAUACAUCGUGGUACGCGCAGACGAAAUCGGCACAGGACAAUCUCCUGGGCUUCUCAACACCCUGUCACCCCAGACAGUUGAAUCAUUCUGCGAGGUCAUCGAAUGGGCCUCGGAGCAGGAAUGGUCGACAGGCAAAGUAGGCCUGCUUGGCAUCAGCUAUUACGGUGCCACACAGUGGUAUGCAGCAGCCCGUAGCCCCAAGGGUCUUGCUGCGGCCGUUCCUUGGGAAGGAUUUUCAGACCUCUAUCGGGAUAUGGGCCGGCAUGGAGGUAUUUUGUCGAACACUUUCCAGAGCGCUUGGUGGAAGCGUCAAGUCGCUUCGAACCAGUACGGGCUGCCUGGGAAGGCUUCGAGAAAUUGGGGCCCAGAUACCGUUGAAGGAGAUCUCGGGGAAGAUGAGCUGAAAGCGAAACGAGUUGAGCAGCCUGCUCUGGCAUCGCAAUAUCGAUAUACAGAUGAUGAUAUUUUUGCUUCCAUGGAUUACAAGUUGGAGAAUAUCAAGAUUCCGAUCCUGAGUGUUGCGAAUUGGGGUGGUAUUCUGCUGCAUCUAAGAGGCAACGUGCAAGGAUUUACACGUGCUGGAUCUGAGUUCAAGUAUCUUCGGUUUAUUGUAGGCCGCCACGAUCUGCCAUUCUACUACGACGAAGAAGUCGAGGUUCAGCGAAGCUUUUUGGAUGCUUUUCUCAAAGGAGAGGACAGACAUGGAUGGUCUCAGAAAGGUGCUGUCUCCCCCGUGGAUCUGCUUAUCCGGAAGGGAGACGUCGGGCACAACAAUCCAGAGGCAGAGAAAACAUUACCUAGGAGAUUUGAGCAGGAAUGGCCGCUUACCAGGACUGAAUACACGAAGUUGUUCCUCCAGUAUGACGGAGAGAUGCUUUUCAAGGAGCCUGCAGAUACCAACCUCCUGAAGAAAAGCUAUGAUGCACCUGGUAGUGGACGGCCUUCUGAUAUUAUCUCCUUUACAACGCCGCCAUUCGGAAAGGAGACCGAAAUCACCGGCCACGUUGUCGCUCAUCUUAAUGUUUCCGUUAGCAAGAGCCCCGAUGGCCCCGUGCCUUCUGACCUGGACCUAUUUAUCAGUCUUCGACAUGUCUCCGCCCAUGGCUCGGAGAUCCUUUACACUGGCACCACCGGUGAGGGUGCGCCGGUGACCAAAGGUUUCCUCCGAGUGAGCAUGAGAAAGACCAAUCCUGACCAUCCGCUGAAUCACCAUUGGUUCCCCUACCGAGAAUACCGGUCGGUAGACGUUCUUCCCGUCGUUACCGAUGAGAUAUACUCCGUGGAUAUUGAGCUUUGGCCAACCAAUGUAGUCGUUGAUGCUGGAAAUAGACUUACUUUAGAAGUCAGCUCUGGCGACACGGCGGGUACUGGAAUGUUCAAUCACAAUGACCCAGUUGAUAGACCCGAUUCUAUCUUUAAAGGUCAGAACAACAUCCAAUUUGGCCCAGAUCACGUUAAUUAUAUCACGCUGCCAAUUAUCCCGCCCUCGUCUACCAUCUAA